UGGCUGCCGCCCGCAUAAGGCGGAUAGCGGGCCUGAGUCAACUUACAUAGGGAGGGAAAAAUGCUGCAUCGGAUUUAGAAAAAGAGAGAAUUUUCUUUUAAUUAUUCAGUUAGAAGUUAAGCCCCCGCAAUAUUCUUACCUUUGAAUUCCUGGCGCGUUAUUUUAAGCAAAAUAUCGUUGUUACGCCCCGCUUUGAACUCCGACCCUUAGGCAACGGCAUCCCCUCCCUCUCUCUCAAUCUCAAAGCCACACCCCCACAAACAAAACUCAAAAUCCAAACUCUAUUUUCCUCUUUUGAUUCCGAAAGUUUGAAUUCAUUUCCAAUUCCACCACCUUUGGAGCUUAAUUCCAUGCACAUAGUAAAGAUUUUCGCAAACAAGCAGAUGUAGAAUUAGGCCUUGGAAGCUAUAGGAGCAGGUAAGCCAAUUGAUCGAGUUUGUACACCUAUCGACAAGAUGAUUGUCUGAGCAUUAAGUUUUGAAACUCUUAAGGAAAUUGUAGAGGCAUGAAGGAAUAAGGCAUAAAAGGACACAGAAUGUUCAUAUGAAGCUAUAAAUAAAGUUGAACUUGUAUUGAGACAAUGACUAGGGAGGCCCCUAGUACCUCAGGUCAACAGUCCUACAAAGAAGCAGGGUAUGUUCUGCCAAGUGACAGGACCACCACGGAGAGAAAGGAAAAUAAUAUCUGUGUACAGACAGGUGAGGAAUUUUCCACUAAGUUUUUGCGGGAUCGCACUGCUCUGAGAAGAUUGCCACUGAUAUCUGAAGUGGAACAGCACCAGCCAAAGAGAGUAGGUUUUAAUCUCAAUAAGAACCAUCAGCUGGCUUAUGAGGAUCUCGGUGCCACUGUUGGGCUGCAAAGAAUUGAUUCUGAAUGUAGUUCAGAAUUCUUUGAGUUUGUCACAGGAACUGAAUAUGGGGCUGAAGCAGAGAACAAGACUUAUACCGAUAAGAUAAACAGAUAUCACUGGGAAUAUGGUGCCAUUGGGCAAGUGCCUGGUAACUUUCCUGACAAGAGUAAGCCUGAUCAAGUAACUCCAGCAAUAAUUGCUCCGCCCCUCCGUGUAGUGGGGUCCAAUCAUUCAUACCAUCCUCAUGGACCUGAAAUCUCAGAAGCUUCUUUCUCUGGCAAGAUGAAAAUUCUCUGCAGCUUUGGGGGUAGAAUCUUACCAAGGCCAAGCGAUGGCAAGCUUAGAUAUGUGGGUGGAGAGACACGAAUUAUAUCCAUCAGAAAGAAUGUCACUUGGGUGGAUCUUAUGAAGAAGACUUCUGCAAUUUGUAACCAACUGCAUACUAUCAAAUACCAGCUUCCUGGUGAGGAUCUUGAUGCACUUAUAUCUGUUUGUUCAGAUGAGGAUCUUCAUCAUAUGAUAGAGGAAUAUCAAGAGCUGGAAAGAAUUGAGGGUUCUCACAGACUGCGGAUAUUUCUUGUAUCUUUAAAUGAACCCGAGAGCCCGAGUUCUAAGGAAGGAAAGGCUACCCAGACAAGUGAUGCUGAUUAUCAGUAUAUUGUAGCUAUUAAUGGCACGGUGGACCCAAGUUCCAGGAAGAGCUCUAGUGGUCAGAGUUUGCCAAGCCAGAACAGCCAAUUUGGAAAUACCACAGAUUAUAGUCCAACUUUGCAUCGAGACUCUCCUACAUCACCAUAUAAUUUAGAGAUUAGGGAUUGUAGUCCAAGUUCCUCAAAUUUGGCAGGAAUGUUUCCCAAGCCUGCUUCUCAGUAUCUAACUGCACUUCAGAUACCAAGCAAGUCAUUCAACCAGUCCCCUCCUAUAUCUCCGGGUCAGCGUCGAGAUCCUAAUAAUUCUAAUUUGCAGAUUUAUGUGGAUCGACCAUGUGCAGAUGGCAAUCAAAUCAUCAAUCUAUUUGUUAAGGAAAAGCUACCUUGUGACAAUCCAUAUUAUAUUGAAAAUUUGUAUUAUCCUGAUUCCUUGGCUUAUUACAAUAAUCUUUCUCAUCGGCCUACAUUGAUGAAUUACCAACAGCCUAAUGAAUAUUUGGUACAAACUGGCCAUGACAACAAAUCCCACAACAGACACUUUCAUGACCGAAGCCCCAGAAAAGACUCAGAAUAUUCUCCAUCAUAUGAUCAAAGUGAAAUGAAUUAUGAGAAACGAACGCUUGGGGAAAUUGAAUUCCAUUCAGACAAGUUUCCCCCCUUCCCUGAUGCUCCAAUGGGCUUGUGGCCAGGGUUCAAUGAUACAGAUGUUUCUCAUAGCAAAAUCAUGCAAGUAUUCUCGGACUCUCAGUUGCAGGAACAUGGUGAGAGGUCCAAUUGCUACCUCUCACUGUCCCCUUUGAGUGCUGUGAGAGAAAAAUCAUUUUCACUAGAAAUCCCAAAUUCCCCAUUACAAUGUGAAGAGAGAAUUGAUGAGAAGCCCCAAAUAGCUGAAUAUGAGAAUCAGCCUACUUCUGAGACACCUGAAGAUUGCAAGAAGAUUUCUGAACUGGAUCAAGACCAGAAAGAUUCUGAGGGAAAUGUUGAAGUUACAUCAUGUGAUAAUGCCACAGAGUUUAAGAAGUUCCCAGACCUGAAUUAUCUCCCUAGUGUUUGUCUAUCCUUGAAAGAGCUACAAAACCUCAGAGGAAGGAUUCAUGUUUCACCAGUCAUUUCUUCAAAAUGUUCUUCAGAGAGCAGGAGGGAGCACUCCCUUGAUUUCCAAGCAGAUGAAACUGUUCCUGAGUUUUCAAUUAAAAGCCAAACUUCUAACAAGGAUAAGCAGUGUGCGACAACUGAGACAUUAAGUAUUCAAGCAGCAUCUGAUGGGUACCCUGGAAUAUUACAUGUUGCAUCAUGGGGAUUGGAUGACCAAGAAUCCAUGGACCAAAGAUAUAAGUCAACCACAAGCACUGUUUUCUGUAGAGAGGCUCCUCUCUAUAAUUCGGAUCCCCUAGAUUAUUCAGACCACAUGGUUGACAUCGUUGGACAUGGCAGACCUUCUUAUGAUGAAGCCAAGUUUGGAGAUGUUAUCGGUGUCCAAUCACAGCCAUCAUAUUGUCGUCCUGACAACAAGAAGCUAGAAUCAGUUAUCAUUAUUGAAGAUAUAACUGAUUCUACACGUCCUGGCACUCCCUUGUCCUCUAAAGUUUUCUCAUGUACAGAGAAUGAAGCCAAUGAUGAUUUUCUAUCUCCUAGGCAAACAGAAGCAGAGAAUACCAGCUUAAAUUCUGAAUGUGAGGGUGUGAAAGGUAAUCACAGAGAUAUUGAUGACUCCAUCACUGAUGCUACAAUAGCUGAAAUGGAAGCAGGCAUCUAUGGUUUGCAGAUUAUAUCAAAUGCUGAUCUUGAAGAACUGAAAGAGUUAGGAUCUGGUACGUUUGGAACUGUAUAUCAUGGAAAGUGGAGGGGAACAGAUGUUGCUAUUAAGAGAAUAAGAAAGAGUUGCUUUCAAGGCAAUUCAUCAGAGCAAGAGCGACUGAUAAAAGACUUCUGGAGAGAGGCACGGAUAUUGUCAACUCUUCACCAUCCAAAUGUGGUUGCAUUCUAUGGGGUUGUUCCUGAUGGGCCUGAGGGAACAUUGGCAACUGUAACUGAAUUUAUGGCCAAUGGAUCAUUGAGAAAUGUACUAUUGAGGAAGGAUCGGGUGCUUGAUCGCCAAAAAAGGCUAAUAAUUGCAAUGGAUGCUGCUUUUGGCAUGGAAUACUUGCAUUUGAAAAAUAUUGUUCAUUUUGAUUUGAAAUGUGACAAUUUGUUAGUCAAUUUGAGGGAUCCUGAACGACCCAUUUGCAAGGUUGGAGAUUUUGGCUUGUCAAGAAUUAAACGCAACACACUUGUCUCUGGGGGUGUUAGAGGAACCCUUCCAUGGAUGGCACCAGAAUUAUUAAGUGGUAGCAGCAGCCGGGUCUCUGAGAAGGUUGAUGUUUUCUCAUUUGGUAUUGUGAUGUGGGAGAUUCUGACCAGUGAGGAGCCAUAUGCUAACAUGCAUUGUGGUGCUAUCAUAGGAGGAAUUGUAAAUAACACACUCAGACCUCCAAUUCCAAAACGUUGUGAUCCUGAAUGGAAGAAGUUAAUGGAAGAGUGCUGGUCCCCUGAUCCUACAGCCAGGCCAUCAUUCACAGAGGUAACAAAUAGGCUACGUGAUAUGUCAACUGCACUCCUGAAAAAGCGACGUGCUAGUCCUGCCAAUAGAUGAACCAAAAAUCCUCAUGUAAGUCACACUUGUACAUAACCCAAAAUGAUCAAUUAAAAAGAACAUUAGCAAAUUUUGUUUUUCAUUUUAUUAUAUUGUGCGGAGUCUUUAAACUGUAAAAUAGCUUUUAUACGAGCGGAGCCAUUAAUGUAGACAUUUAUACGAAUAAGAUCCAUAUGUAGUUUGUACUUUUUUCUAUUUCUUUGAUGUAUUAAGUUAAAAAGACCUGAAAUGAUUUGUACAUGGUAAAUUAAUAAUGU